AUUCAAUUACCCGAAAUGCAACCGGCCGCUCGGCUUGCGCUACUCGUGAUUGCGGCGAUCGCUGUGGCGAGCUGCUCGUCGUCGUCCUCGGCUGCUGCUGCUGCUGCGUCGUCGUGGAGCAUGAAGCAGGAGCACAUCUUCCUCGAGUCCUUCUUUGCGAGCUCUCCGCAGGGCGUUGCAAUGCUGUUCGCAAACUCGUCCGUUCCCGAGCAGAUUGUCUUCUCCGGCAAGACCAUCCUGCGCCGAUGCUCGUACGUCGGCAAGACGAUGACCUUCGCGUCCAUCCUCGAGAAUCCGAACGCAUUGGCGAACGUCUCUGCGCUGGGCUACAACCACAUUGGCGACAUUGACAUUUACAACGGCGUCCUGUACGCGCCGAUCGAGGAGGACUCGUACACGCGCCCGGCCAUUGUCACCUACGACCCAAUGACGCUCGAGUAUACCGGCCUCGUCCAGACCACCCAGAAGCACAUGCCGUGGGUUGCAGUGUCGAGCCUCUACAAGUUCCUGUUCUCGUCCGAGUUUGACAAUGUGACGAGCCUCUACGUCUACCAGGUCGAGAAUCUGAAGAUGGGAUUGUUUACCAUUCUGGAUUUGCACCUGCCCGUCGGCCUCGAGCAAGGCCUCAUGGCAGUGCAAGGCGGCGUUGUUUCCGGCACAAACUUGUACCUGAGCUCGUCUGCGCCCGGCGAUCCGGUGUAUGUGGUCGACUACCGAACCGGCAUUGUCCAGCUCGAGUUCAAUCUCCCGUCGACCCAAGAGACCGAGGGCAUUGCCAUUGCCAACUCGGACGGGUACAUGUAUGUUCUGGUCCAGAACAACUUUGAUGUUGUCGCCUACCAGUACAGCCAAAGCUCGUAGUAUGGCCGGAGAUUUGUUUUUGUUUUUGGAGUAAAAACGGAACAACAACAAGGGAAUCGGUGAACCAGUCUUGUCAUUCUUCAUUAUUAUUCAUCAUUGUGGCUUUGGAAAACAGGACAAGACAGAAAUGGAGUCGGUGUGA